UUUAAAUUGGCCAGAACCCAUGAACAAUGGUUUUGAAAGCGGAAAUAUAGGAAUGAAUAUAAACAAAAUGUCGACGACAACGCUAACUAAUCAGAUUAAGGAGGAGCACUUAACCUGCACUAUCUGUUUAAAUAACUUUAUUAAACCGAAGGCGUUACCGUGCCUUCAUACAUAUUGUGAACUAUGUCUGUACGACUACAUUGUUAGCCGUGGCUACGACAGUAAAGGUAUUUUCCCCUGCCCAACUUGUAGAGCUGAUACCAAAAUGCCCGCAAACGGAGUUGAAGGGUUUCCGAAUAACCACUUAAUGUCAUCUUUAUCUGAUACAGUUGAGAAUGCCAGCCACAUGCGUCCUGUACCGAAACCUAGAAAAUCACUUGGUGUUACACAACCAGUACCAGAGAAAGAGCAAGACCUAAAUCUAGAUGAUGGAAAUAGUAAGUUAAGUAAGGGAAAUCAGAUUCAAUCUACUCAUCCUUCGCCUAAUAACAGUCUAACCAAUAAACAUUUAGACUUAGAAGGAUCUUCUAAUUUAUCUAAAGUAUGUUCAAAUGAUAUAGAUUUAGACUGGACGGUAGGACCCAGACAAAUGCCGACAGCUCCUGGGGCUUCAGAAGACAGUUGUAAAAGUAAAACUAAAGAUGUAUCGCAAAAUUUUGGUGUAAGUUCACUGCCGAAAACUGAUCACACAUCAGGUAGUUCUAAUCCAAGUAUAGGAUUGUAUCCUGCUCAUUCGCCACCACAUUAUCAACCAGAAGAUCACAUCUACUCUAAUGAGCACAUUUAUUCUAACAUUGGCAACAUCUCGGCACAACCUCCUAUAGGAUGGAAUAUGCCUGUUCUAGAAAGUUCACAUCCUGGUCCAAUUGUUUCAAAUGCAGCUGGCCACAGUGUGUGCAAUGACAAUGUAAAAUUUUUUCCACCUCAACCAUCCAGUGAUAGUCAAAUAAGGCACACAAAUGUACCAAGAUCAUCUCCGCUACUGUAUCCAACUGUACCUCACAGUAUUGAACACUCCAAUGCAGCUUGCACUAAAAAUAUGAUUCUUAGGUUUGGAAAACAAGGCUCCACAGUUAGAGAUUUCUUAAAACCCAUUGGUCUUUCUGUCAGCCAUGAUGAAAAGUAUAUAGUAUCCGACAACGCUGGUGACCAGAACAGGAUAUUUAUCUUUAGCAAUAAUGGAGAACUGACAACAGCCUUUAACUGUGGUUGCAAAGUUAAAGAUGUGGCCAUCUCAAAGAAGAAUGAAAUUCUAGCUGCAGUACAUAAGAAUGUUGCUGCCAUACGCCAUUUCACAAUGUCAGGGCAGUGCAAGGGAGAGUAUGGAAAGUUUUUUACUUAUGAAGAACCCUGUGGCAUCUCUGAGUUAAGUAAUGGUGGUGUGGCCCUCACAGGAACUCAGAAUCACUGUGUGUAUAUUCUUACUAAUCAGAUGAAACUAUCAACAAAAUUUGGUCGCAAAGGAAAUGGGGAUGGUUACUUUCAAAACCCUGGAUUUUUAACAGUUGAUUCCAAAGACCAUGUCAUUGUGACAGAUAAAAUCAACAACUCGGUUCAGGUUUUUGAGUCAGACGGCAAAUUCAAACACCGUUUUGGCUCUACGGGUAGCAAUCAUGGGCAGCUCAAAGUUCCCAUGGGUGUAUGUGUUGACAAUGCUGAUAAUAUCAUUGUCGCAGACAGUGAAAAUAACAGAGUAGAAUGCUUCUCUCCUAAAGGUUCCUGGAUAGGGACUGUGGUCCAGAAUACUUUAGAGCUAGGGGAAAGUGUUAAACCAAUCAAUGUAGCCUUCACCCCAUCAGGAAGAGUAGCAGUAUUACUUAGGGGUCCAUACUUUGCAGAAGUAAGAGUCUAUCACUCGGACCAUAAAAAAAAUGUUCCGCAAGAAGGAAUUCGCAAGAAAAAAUAACUUUUAUAAUCAAGAUCACAAGAAAACUUCAUGAAUUUCAGAAAAAACAAACAAACAAACAACAUAAAGCAAGUUUAAGUUGAAUGGAACCCAACAAAACAAAUUAACUCAACGGUGGUGGUAGCGUUUCUACCAUUAACAAAUGUUGUUGUUCUUUGAACUUUAUAUGUGUGUAUAUUAUUCUCACAUGACUGUAUUUGUGAUAAAAGCAACAUUUUUUGUUUCUAUUUAUAUCUAAACCUAUUUUUCCAGUUAUCAUCAAGUUUUGGAAUGUUUGUUAAAGAAAGUAUAUUAAAAAAGCAAUUAGUUUUUGUUGGAACCUUGCUGUAGUUAAGGUGCAUGGAAAAAAGAAAUUAUACACUCAAUGUUUAAAUGAUUUUCUGUAAUAAAAAAAACACUAAACUUAUACAAAUUGACAUAUUAUAAACUUUUUUUAAAUGCAAAUCUAGCAUGAUUGUUUGGUUGUUAGUCAUAUACAUACUCAUGUACAAAAGAAAUUUAGUUUUUCAGCUUAAAAUAUAUAUAUAUAUAUUUAAUAUAUAAUACAUUUAUGCUAUUAAUGUCAAUACCAUAUUAUAUGUUACUGGCAGAGUAUGAAAUGCACGCUUUCUAUUCUAAGUAAUACUAGAUGUGUGCGAUUCAUCAAAACAUUCUGUAGAAUACUCAGAUAUUAAGUACAGGAUUUAAUAUUUGGGUCCAGCAAUUAAAUAGCAGAAAAAUCAUUAAAAUGUUACAAGUUACUGUUAUAAAACUGCCCCUCAUUUCAUAAUGUUUAGAACUUCCGAAACUCUUUUGAAAUAGUGCUAGUUUAGUUUUUUAGUCUGUAAUAAGACUAAGAUGAGGGAAAAGUUGUAUAAAUUAGGAAGCUAGUAAACAUGGGAAAUAUAUUUAAAUAACCUAAGCACAGCUAGUUAAUUGUUGACAUUUUAGUAUCAUUUCUUUUAAUACUGCAAGCUUAUCAUCUAGUGAAAUAGCUAGCCAAUACAUAAUGGCUGCCUGGUCAUGAGGUAUGUGCUCUGGUCUUUCAUCUCAACUGUACUGGGUUCGAACCUUGUCUCCUGCUAUUCUGCAGAGGUUUGGGCUAGGCCCUAAGUCUUCAAUACUGAAGGAAUGUUUGAAACUAACAAGUCAGUCAAUGUCCAUGUUAUGUACUGUGGUUAAAGUUAAGUAAUAGUGCAACACCCCAAUGUUAUAUUAAAAAUAGGUUAAAACAGUCAUCUUCCCAUGGCUGUUGGUGUAGUAGGCCAUUACAUAACAGACAGUGUGCAUAUUUCCCUGCAUCUUUCUACCCUCAAGGGUCAUUAAGUGUCUACUUCAGUCUAAGAAUUUAGUUCUAAAUAAUUUUAUGAAGUGAAACUUUGAAGUUUGUUAAAAAUGCUAAACAAUUCGAUGAAAUUUAAAUAAAAUGAAAUCUUGGUGCAGAAAUUAGGAUAAGUACAGCAGGUUAGGUUAAAAGUAAUGUCUUUUUAAACAGCAAAGUUUCCAAUACAACUAAUUUUAAUUUGCCAAAAAAAAUAUUCAUUCUUAGCCAGCAACAUAUUGUAUCAAAAAGUGUUUUAGACAUGCAUAUCAUUAAUUAGUUGUGUAAUCACACAGAAUAUUUAUGAAUUCUGUUCAGAAGUGAACAUUUCUGUAAUUAUUAGUAUACUCUACCCCUAAAAGAUUUCCUGUGACACUAAUGCUUUUCAUUUGUUCUCAUUUUUUUCCAGUCUGCUUGUUGUGUUGGCACAUCAUGGUAGCAUGUUUGAUUUUCAUUAUUUAAAUGGCUUAGAUUUGUACAUCAUUUUGAAAAAGAAAAUUAAUUCUUUGGAAUUUCAUUUGCUGAAUAACUUUGUAUAUUAUAUUAUAAGAUAACAUUCUAAGACUAUUUGUUGUUUUAAAUAACAGUUUGCUUUUGACAUCUGUGAAAUAGAUUACAUAGUUUAAUUGCUAAGAAAUUGUUAGCUAAUCAUAAAUAUAAAAAAAAUGUACUCCUUUUUGCAUUUGUUUGACGGUGAAACCUUCGCACACCUGCCCUCAGGACCAACCUCAACAAAGUGAAAGUAGGUUGUGUUAACAGAAUGCUUUUAAUAGAGUACUUGUUAUGCAAAAGAUUGUGUUCAGCUGUGAUCUUGCUAAUGAGUUUCCAAUGUGUAUUUAUAAUAAUUAAUAAUAUUCCAUUUUUUUGUUUUAUUUUUUAUCACCCUUUUCUUACUUUCAAUGUGAUACUUAUGCAGAUGUGUUUUAUUUUUUAAUCAUCUGUAAGUCUGUUACUGUUUUGUUCUUCUUUGAUUUUAGACCCCAAAACAUUUCAGUUGCUUAAUUUAUUUACUUUUAAUUUAUUCUCUUUUUUUAAAAAUAGAUAUAAAUGGAAAGAACUUGAAAUGGAAUUCUGUUUGUCUAAUUUAUUGUAGUAGAGAAUAGCUUCAUUAGAACAAACCAAAUAUGUGCACCAGGUUUUCUCAACUUUUUAUUGGUGAAGCUCACCACAUGAACAAGUUAGCAUUCCCUCCUUAGCAAACCUGAGAUGCAGAAAUACAUUCUCCCAAUGAUGCCAACACACUUUUCAUUUUAGUGAAGGAAAAAAUGCAAAUUAAGUCAAAAUUGAAAUGAGAUGUAGACGUUAUGUGUAAAGUACAACACUCAUGAGAAAUGCAACUUUUUGAUAUUAGAAAGAUAUGUAAAAUUGUGUUGGCUAAGACAUGUUGAAAGGACAUCUUAACAUUUAACAUCUUGUGGGCAAAAACACUAUAAAAGGUUUAACCUAGAAAGGUAAAAGAUUUUUUGAGUUAUUUUAAUUUUUUUUAACUUUAGUAAUAAUGUUAUUUUUAUUUAAUCUAUAUUCAAAUGAACUACAAAGUGAAUGCACCAGACUUAAACAACAACACUGCUAGCUCCCCACCCCCAUCACAUGCAGCAGGACACAUCCACAGGUUGAGAAAUACUAAUUUAUGUACAUCGACUGUAUUUUUCUUAUAAUUAUUGAGUAUUUAAAAGUAGAAUCUCAAUGACCAAUGGGCAUUCAGAAAUUAAAAUACAAUUAAAAAAUGUCCCUUUAUUUUUUUAACUAUAUUAUUUUAUCUGAUUUUUUUCUUAAGUAGAAUUGGUCCAAUGAGAUAUUGUUUGCAGCACUCAGGGAGAAUUGAGUCUUAGCUACACAGAUGACAAUUUUAGGCACACAACAGUAGAUACAGUUUGAUUAAUUUCUGCAUUAUAUUCACACAUACACAGACCUUGAAAUAUAACAUGUUGCACACUAGGGGCAGCUCUUGUUUUUUUUUUUUUUUUCUCUUUAAUUUCCUGUUGAUGUCUUGACAUCGUAGUCCAUGAAGAGUGUACAUUUUGUACUAUGCAUUUCCCUAAAACCGGUACCACAUCUUUACACAUAUAUGCAUAUACAUAUUUACUGUUGUCAAUAAUUUAGACAAAAAAAAAUAUAAGACUUUAGAACAUUAUUAGUUAGAAUUGUGUGUUGUUGUUUUUUUUAAAUCUGCUUGUUAACUAGUUAGACUAUUUUGUUUUUUACUUGUCUGACCUGCAAUAUUGAGAUAAUAAAAUUGCAUAGAGUUCUACA